UCUGGUGGCUUGCUGAAGCUGUCAGUUGAAAAUCAUUCUCUGCCUUUCAAAAAAUGCUGGAGAGCUCCAUUUCUAAAAGUGAAAAGGCUCCAUGGACAAGAGCUAGACGAGGGUUGUGUCUUUUGAUACUGGUUCUCAUGACGGGAACAUUAAUAACUGUCUACAUUUGGAGCAGUGAAGUAUCAUGGCCUUUGAACAUUUGGACAAAAUGGUCAGACCAAUCUUACAGCAAUAAGACUCCUUCAGUGGACAGUAUCCCAGCAGCUGAACCUUCACCAUUCUUUGUGACAUACCCGCAUCAGUACACUUUCAUAUUGGAUGAACCCCAUAGAUGUUUGCAAGAAAGUCCAUUCUUGGUUCUUAUGAUCCCAGUUGCACCGCACAACAGAGAGGCUCGUGACACUAUCCGCAACACAUGGGGUAAAGAAACUAAAGUGCUAGGUCGAGUCAUCAACCACUACUUCCUGCUGGGACUGAACGAUGGCACAGAAACCGUCAAAGACCAAGUGUUACAGGAAAGCCAGAAACAUCAUGAUAUUCUCCAGAGUGACUUCUUGGACAGCUACAAAAACCUCACCAUUAAAACCAUGGUCAUGUUUGAAUGGCUCAGCUCCCAUUGUCCCAACACCUCCUACGCCAUGAAGGUGGACUCAGACAUGUUCCUUAAUGUCCACAACCUUGUUGGCAUGCUUUUGGAAGCACCCCGACAACUCUACUUGACAGGACAGGUGGCGAGGGGUGCUGCUGUUCUUAGAGACCAUACCUCAAAGUGGUUUCUGCCUGUUUCUGCCUACCCUGACCCGAGCUACCCGCCGUAUGCUCUGGGACUGGGCUACGUGUUUUCACUGGAUUUACCAAAGAAAAUACUGGAGGCGUCUGCACAUGUUAAAGCUGUUUACAUUGAAGACGUGUACGUGGGAUUGUGUAUGAGGCAUCUAGGAAUCCCACUGACAGAUCCGCCUCGUGGUGAUUUGUUUCAGACAUUCAAACCUCAUGCGACAAGUGACUGUCACUGGACCUCUGUCAUUACAACAAUACUAUAUAACUCCAACCAGCUCUCAGGUGCAUGGGGAGAUUAUCAGACUCAAGUACAAAGUGGCUGUAACUGUUAUAUUUCUCCCUGUGCCGUGUAACGGCAUUGCAUUUAUACACAAAUCUGUUUAUCUCAGAAGUUACUGCUUUAUUGAUAUAUAUUUUUUUAUAUCUUUGAAUAACAGUCUGGACUUUUGAUAGCAAAGCAAAUGAGAUUGUGAGACAGAUGUUGCUUUUUUAUGGCUCAACAAAAUGUGUUCAUAUCUAAGUGUUUGCAAAGAUUGCAAAAAUGAUUGUAAAACAUUAAGGGCAGGAAGUUAGCGUUCAACUGGUUACCAGAUUGUGCAGCACUGGAGUUGUCUGAAGCAAAAGGCACAACUUGUGUCAAAGUACUUGUAACUACAAGGGACUGUAUCUAGUAUG